AUGGCUAAAUCGAAGAAUUCACACAUCACGCCUUACAAUCGCUGGGUCAUUAUUCUCACGGGGUUUGGCUCUAUUACAUACGGAUACUGUUCAUCGGUGAUCAGCUCCACCAUUGGCCAGCCAGGAUGGUAUUCCUACUUUGACCUGCCAACGCAAGGUGAGCCGGGUUACGGUGGUAAAACAACCAGCACGAUCGCAACCGCAAACGGCCUUUACAGUGCAGGCGGUGCCAUCGGCACCCUGCUGGUCAUGUGGACUGCCUCUGCCCUCGGCCGUAGGGCCAGUAUCCAGCUAGGGGCAUUUACGGCCUUGGUCGGUGGCGUCCUGCAAGGCGGCGCAGCAGCUAUAGCCAUGUUUCAGGUCGGCAGAAUAGUGGCAGGAAUAGGCGUGGGUGUCUUGGUAACCAUCGUUCCGAUGUUCAUCUCAGAGCUGUCCCCCCCAGGGAGCAGAGGGUGGCUCGUCGGACAUCACGCAAUCUUCCUUGUCUGGGGCUAUCUCCUGGCUUCCUGGGUCGGAUAUGCCUGUUACUUUGCGACUGCUCACAACGAGGCAUUUGCUUGGAGGUUUCCCCUCUGUCUACAAUGCCUACCUCCUCUGGUUCUGCUUGUGGGGUCACCGUGGCUGCCUCAUUCGCCCAGGUGGUUGAUCUCCCUGGACAGGCACGAAGAGGCUUUCCAAAUCAUUCGACGGCUGCGUACAACGAAAGAUGAUCCGAAUGAAAUCGCCGCCAAAGAAGAGUUCUACCAGAUUCGCGAACAGGUGCGUGUCGACAAUGCGAAGUUGAAGAGCUCCGGGCAGCCAGUGUGGAAGCUGGUCUGGACCAAGAAAAGCUACAGGAAACGCAUGAUCGUGGGGUUCUUGACACAAUGGGGUUCUGAAUUCUCUGGGCCGCUUGUCAUUAACAACUACUCGGUGAUACUCUACACGAGCCUGGGAAUGGAGGGGUCCAUGCCUCUCCUGUUGUAUGCUCUUUGGAGUUGCACUUCGUCAUUGAUUUACAACCCCUUUGGCGCAUGGCUUCAUGACAAGGUGAACUCACGCCGUGGCAUGCUGAUGUUCGGCACCGCUGGGUGUCUCGUAACGACCGCUUGUCUCGCAGCAAUGAUCGCCGAGUACGCCGGGACGGACAACCGUGCAGGCAACGCUGCCGGGAUCUUCUUCGUCUUUUUCUAUCUCACUUUCGAAGGCACAUUCUGCGAUACCACCAUGUACAUCUACGUCGCGGAGAUCUUCCCCACGGAAAUCCGACCUAUUGGGAUGGGCUUCUCUCUCUUCGGCCAAUUUGCCUCGACCAUCAUCCUGCUGCAGACUGCGCCGAUCGGGUUUGACCGGGUGGGCUGGAAGUAUUAUCUCGUGGUGAUCAUUUGGUGUGCCGUCUUUAUCCCCAUCAUCUACUUCUACUUCCCGGAGACAGCUCGACUGAGCCUGGAAGAGAUCGGCCAGAAGUUUGGAGACGAGGUCGCGGUUCACGUCAACGACACUACCGAAGAGAAGAGGCAGAAGCUGGACGAGUUCCUUGCCAAUACCGACAUUGUCCACCUAGGUCAGGGUGAGGGAGAGAAGAGAGCGGACGUUGUCGAAGUUCGCCAGGAGGGGUCCAAGGCUGCUGAAGUCUAG